AACUACUGCCACCUGUUGGCGAAAUGGGUGCCGUCACACGAAACAGUCCUUGGCCAUCGGUUCGCGCUCAAUUUUACCCAUGAUUCACCAUUCAAAAUAUGUCUACCACAUGCAUUGUCUGUGGAACGAUAUUGCGUAUUUCGGAACGAAUUUUAGGAAAUGCGAAAAAUUAAAACUACGUCUGCUGUACCUGUAAUUGUAAAUUAUUUUUAGAACUAAUUUUAAAUAAACUUACAAUAAUUUGAAAACAUGUCCGUGUAAGUUAUGACAUUUCAAGUUGAGCAAAAUUUGUCUGAGCUCACGUGCAGAGAUUACGACGCAACAAAAACAAAUUUAAAGGGAAAGCAUCAAAAUUUAAAGUGCUUGAAGAAUGUAGUGCGAGUGCUUGGCGUUAUAACAAUUAAGACUAAAUGACGACGUUGCCUCUAAAAACUAUAGUUCUGACAAUUUUUGUUGUUGUGCGAACUUUUUAUUUUGACAUUUCAAUGGCAUUGAAUAAAAUCAGAGAGAGGAGUGUUAUUUUCGCGAAUAUCCCCCGAUUUUCGUUGUGACAGUUUGAUAAAAGAUAUAGGAAGAGACAGUAACCUUGAUUACAUUUCAAGAUGCUGCCUACCAAGUUCCUUAUGACAUGUUUGAUGACUCCAACUUAUGGUGUGAAGAUUGUGAGCAUAGUAAUACUGGUGAAUGUAAUCAACACGGACCACUUAUUAUUAUUCCUGACUCGUCCAUUAUUAGCAGAGCAAGACAGUCAUUGCCAUCAGCAUUAGAGCUUAGGAGGAAUCGUGAUACAAAGCACGGUAUAUCUGUUUUUACACGUGAAAAUAUAAAACGUCGCACAAGAUUUGGACCCCUGCAGGCACCAAGAAAAUCCAGAAAUCCAAUCCGAGACAGAAGAACACUACCUUUCAAAUUGUUUCUUGCAGGCAGAGACCCUCAGUGGUUUGAUACAGAAUCCGGAAAUGAAGGCCAAUGUAACUGGAUGAUCUUUGUUGCUGUUGCAAGAUCAGCUAAAGAACAAAAUUUAGCAGCAUUUCAAUACCAAUCUGGUAUUUAUUUUGUGACCACAAAGGAUAUCACUGCUGGGGAGGAGUUACGUGUGUGGUAUGCCAAGGAAUAUGCCGCCUGCAUGGGAACUUCACCUCUACACAAAACAGAAGAAACCCGUGAAGAGCACGGGAGUUCACGGCAGCUGCGGCCCCGGCCCCCAGCCAGGGGUGCUCCACCAGCCACUUGUCGGAGGUGCCAUCGACGACUGGUGGGCACACGCCAGGUGUGCAACCGUUGCGCCACCCUGACCAAGGCUCUGGCGACGGGUGGUCGUUCCAGCACUAGGCGCGGGCUCCCGACUCCCGCCGUCAUGUCUUCCCGAGAUGAUAGUAACGAUGGGGCAGUUCCAGGUACCUCUCUCUCCACUGUACAUCGAGGAGAUGAAGCGUUGCAAGAAGAGCACCUUCCAGUUGCUGAGGCACAAAUUAACAUCCCUCUUAGUACUACCACAGAAAUGUCUACACCUAGCACAUCACGGCAUACUCUUAGAAGCGGCGACACGGCCAUGGAAGCAAGUGGUAGUAUUUUGGAGGGACAACGUUUGAUGAGAACUAGCAGCAGUUCUAGGAAGUCUUCGGGAAGAAGUAAGAAGGAUGCAAAAAAUGAAGAGAAUCUUCAGAGAGCAGCAUCUAAUCGUAGUGGUGGAAGUGAAGGUAGCGGAAGUGCUGCAGCCAGUGGUGGAGGCGUUGUCGGUGGUGGCAAUGGCAGUAGUGAAAGUGGUGGCACCUCAUCUGCAGAAAGAAAAAGGUCUAGGACUGGUCCUUCACCUGGCCGACAUGUGUGCCAUGUAUGUUUGAAAGCAUUUGGCAGCCCAGGUAAACUGAGCCAGCAUAUGUAUUCUCACACUGGAGAGAGACCAUUUGAAUGCUCACAGUGUAAAAAGGCAUUUUCUUCAAAGUUUAAGCUUGUGCGACAUGUUCUUAUACAUUCUGAUGAGAGAAGGUAUAGGUGUACAGUAUGUGAGAGAACUUUCCAUCGCAAAGAUCAUCUGAAGAACCAUGUGAAAGUUCAUAGCCCAGUGAAGAAAACUUUCAGAUGUGAAAGAGAGGGUUGUGGGAAAGAAUACAGUUCAUUUCUCAGUUUCCGGAAGCAUGUUGCUGUGCAUGCAGCUGAAGAAGGAAAUUUGGAAUGCAAAAUGUGUGGAAAAGUGUUUGCCAACAAAGAAGAAAUUGUUUACCAUCUUAAAGUGCAUGCUGGAUCAAGAACUGUCAAAAACCCUUCAGAUAAAAAGUAUCGAUGUGACCAUUGUGACCGUAAAUUCUUCACUCGUAAGGAUGUCCGUAGACAUUUAGUAGUCCACACUGGGAAGAGAGAUUUUUUGUGCCAGUUCUGUCCCCAGAGAUUUGGCCGGAAGGAUCAUCUGGUACGUCAUAUCAAAAAGAGUCACCAUGGUGCAGCAGCAGGCCCCGUGACGAGGGGAAGAGGUAAAAGAGUUCGCGCUGCUGCUGCCGCUGCUGCUGAGAUAUCUCGAAAAUCAUCUGUUGUAAGCCCUAGACCCUCGACAUCAAAAGCCACUGUAUCUACAAGUUUAGAGUUUGAAGGAGAGUCUUCUACAAUACCUGGUCCAUCUUCAUCUUUUUGUGAAGUAGAAGAGACAAAGGAUAUACUGAUGUUGGAGGAAGAUGUGGAAGAUGAUCCACUAAAAACACCAUCUAUUGAGGAAAUUCUCCAGCAUUCGCCUUCAAGGAGCAGUUCAAUUCUGCUGAAAUCCGAAACGACAUCUAUGGCAUCAGGUGAGAGAUCUGCAGUGACAGUGCACCACAGACCACAAGUAUCGGAAGAUUCCCGUACUACUGAACUAUUGACAGAAUUGGUUUAUGGUCACCAGCAUUCAGUCCCUCCACCACCUCCAUACCCACCAUCAUCUCAGUUUAAGUCAUUUGAACAUGGAAGUGGUGUAAAAAUGGAGUAUCCUUCACCAAGUUCUCUCUCACAAUCAGAGGGGACGAUGGAUUUCUCGCCAUAUCUCAGCCUAAUACCAUCGACAUCAGCUUCAUUAUCUGAAGACAUAGUGGAUGAAAGUACUGGUGGUGUGCAAGAAGAACUGCAUCGAUUGCUCUCUGUAGGUGAAUCAGGCUCAGAGGGCCUCCUUGUCCCUGACCCAAAUAUUUCUUCCCAAUUUUUACAUCUAAUGGAAUCUGCAGCAACAUCUCUGGACAUAACAGGAGCAUCUGGGUCUGCCAGCACUUCCUCUGAAAUGAUGGCAUCACUCCUUGAAUCAUCAGAGGAUGUUUCAAACAAACCUGUACCACUACCUCGCUUCAACCAAGCUUUCCAGCAGCAACAACAACAACAGCAGCAGCAGCAACAGCAGCCCCAGCCACAGCAGCAACCGCAGCAGCAGCAAUCCCAACUACAGCAACAGCAGUCACCUACAGCACCCCAACAACAACAGCAACAACAACAACAAUAGCAGGGAUGGCAUCAUCCACUGUCUCACUGCCACCAUCAUUAUCUUUGUUUGUGACACUGUUGUUUAUCUUGCAUACAUAUCCACGUGUUAUUCAACUCUUGAGGAAGCUGCAAGAGCACUGGCUGGCAAUGCAUAAUAUUUUCAGUCUGGAUUUUUUUUAUCGUAUCUGUUUACUAGUCAUUUGUGAUGUUGUAAUUCUGCGUAUUUCCGUUAUGUGUCAGUUUUGUAACUAUUUUUACUUGUGUUUCUAAAACAAAAUGAAAUAUAUAGGUUUUGUAUUCCUGCAGUAGGGGUAUAGAGUGACGUAGUUGAUUGUUUUAGAUUACACUUCCCACCCUCUCCUGUUUUUGAAGGUGCACAGUAAUUCUGCUCUGAAACAGUAUUUUUUAAAGCCAACUAGGAGUGAGUUCGUAGGAAUAUUUUGUAUAACAUUUCACUGUCAUUGCCAUACAUAGGGAUAACAUUCUAAUAAUAAAGGCUGAGAUGUGUUGAAGCAAUGAACCAAGAUACUUUUUAUCUGAGCAUUGUGGUAUAUUUAAACUCGUCAGUCAAGAUGACAGCCAAUGUGUUAGAUCAAAUCUGUGCUACCAUUUCUUGUACAUGAGACAAAUGUUUGUGUCAAUUCUUUCGUAAUUUGCAUAACCGGUUGGUACUCUAGCUGCUUCUAAGAGAAUUAAAGUACCUUAAAUUAAUAUUUUUAUAUAACAAGUAUUUUACUAAAAAUUGUAACAGUGUUGUGCUGAUCAGCUUGCUUGCCAUUGUUGGGUAAUUUUUACCUGUAUUGUUUAUACUAUCUUCUCAGUUACUCAGUUGAUAACAUUUUCAUUCCAUUUUAACAGUUUCUGCCCCGAAAUUAAUCAGGACUUAAUUUGAGUCACAGCAUACAAACAACGGUCACUGUUAUUAAAAAUGAAAUUGUUUUGAAAUCUUGAUAGUAUCUAUAUCUUGCAUAAGAGCAGUGGAUGUAAAAAUAAUUUUCCCUCUCACAACACUUUUUCUUUUUACCCAACACACUUGCAAAAUCCAGUAGACUAAAUGACACAUGCAUUAACUAAAGUCACUGGAUACAACAGUUUGCCAAUGAUUUAUGAAAUAGUGAUAUGAGUCUUGAUUAGAGAGAGAUACAGAAUAUUGCUGAGAACUGAAAUUUCCCUGUAUUUAAUAGUAAGUUUAUGUGAGGGAAAUAUCUUACAACUGCCUUUCUACAAACGUUUAGAUAUACUGUAUGUGCUGUAUGAAUUCAGGAUUACCAUUCUACACAUUUGAGAGAGAUGAAAUAUUUCAAAUGAUGAUGUAUGCUUCAUUUGGGGAAAAAAGAUGCGAGCACAAUACUGACCAGUCUCUGAUCAAUAUUACAUAAAACAUUGGUCCUUAGAACUUUUUGAAGGCAUCUGAAAGAUUGUGCUGUCAUUUAUUCAAUCCUGAAGUCGAUUUUAUAAUCUGUGAUACGGCCUCAGUUUACUGAGUAGAAUAAUUGUGUAGAUGAUUCAGUAACUGAAAAUUCCUUGAAGGCGCAAUAUGUAGAAUAAGGGAAAGGCAACCUUUCACUUAUAACAGAUCGAUGUGUGGAGCACCGAAAUGCAUAACGAAUUUGUUCUCCAUCUGCAAUGACCCCGUUGUCAAUGACACAUUAAAACAGCAAUCUCCUCCUGUCCCAUGGCCAUGGCAAGAGUCUUGCAUAUCAUUAUGUGUUUCUGUGGUCCAUGCAUCAAUCCACUACAGGUGAGUGGUUGCCUUUCCAUUAUUUUAUGUACAGAUGAUUCAUUAUGCUCCCUGCUUUAUUCCUAUGUCUUUUAUUUUCAUCUCAGGCACAAUAUUUUUUUCAGCUUAAAUUUCAUUCCUUACUGUUGGUUUCUCAGCAGUACAUCUGUUGCUCCUCCUAAUACUCUUUGCCUUUCAUCUGUUCUGGCAAACACUGUAUAUGUAGAUACUUUGUGAAUUUUAAUUUUGAAUAGUUGUUGAAAAAAUUAUAGGAAUGUGAAAGCUUUAAGCCUUUACAAGCAGCACAUGGAAGUAUAUUACAGAAGUUUCUUUUUAAAAAUAAUGAGUUCAUUAGUAGUGAGUUGGUUACGCUAAACAAACAAAAGUGUGAAGAGCCUCGUAACUUAUCAUUUUAUGAUUU